GCGUAAGGACGCGCGACGGAAGUAGAAAGGAAGAAAAUAUGCACCCUUAACAACAUGCCUUGUUAAAAACAUACAGGCGGUCAGUCGUCGAUAAUUUUCCGAAUAGAUUUUUGUUUUUAUAUACAGCUUUUAAGAUUUUUUAAUCAUGAUAUGACUAAUAGGAUGCAGUAGUUAGGUUGUUUGGGAGGCGGAAAUGAUGGCAAGCUAAGCUGGUCGCUAGGCUGGUGCGGCACGGGGCCAGUCGCAUGAAGGUUGCCAUUAGCCGGAAGUAUGCAGCAGAAACGUAACAUCCGGAUCAUCGAAUGGGAAGACCUGGACAAGAGGAAGUUCUACUCCCUCGGCGUGUUCAUGACAUUAACCACACGUGCCACGGUCUACCCCUUCACUCUGAUUCGAACCCGGCUGCAGGUCCAGAAGGGGAAGUCACUCUAUACUGGCACAUUUGACGCCUUCUGUAAGAUUCUUAAAGCUGAAGGUGUGCGGGGAUUGUACCGGGGCUUCAUGAUUAACACCUUCACGCUGAUCUCAGGUCAAGCCUACAUCACCACCUAUGAGCUGGUUAGGAAGUACGUCUCUCAGUAUUCUUCCAAUAACACAGUCAAGUCACUGGUGGCUGGUGGCUCAGCCUCACUGGUGGCUCAGAGCAUCACCGUGCCCAUUGAUGUGGUCUCCCAGCAACUCAUGAUGCAAGGCCAGGGGGAACAUCUCACACGCUUUAAGCUCAAGCCCAAGAAGGCUGUGACCACAUCUAAGCACAGGGUGACUUUUGGCCAGACCCGGGACAUUACCGUGCAGAUUUUCGCUGCGGACGGUUUUCGGGGGUUUUACCGUGGCUAUGUGGCGUCUCUUCUCACCUACAUUCCUAACAGCGCUGUGUGGUGGCCUUUCUAUCACUUUUAUGCAGAGCAGCUGUCUCGAAUGGCUCCGUCCAACUGCCCUCACCUCCUCUUGCAGGCUGUGGCCGGGCCCUUGGCUGCUGCCACCGCCUCCACCCUCACCAAUCCCAUGGAUGUAGUGAGAGCCAGAGUGCAGGUGGAAGGGCGUUUGUCAGUGAUUGAAACGUUUAAGCAGCUCAUUGCUGAGGAGGGCAUGAGGGGUCUAACCAAGGGUCUGUCUGCUCGCAUCAUCUCCUCCAUGCCCACCUCCAUCCUCAUCGUCAUCGGCUACGAGACGCUGAAGAGGCUGAGCCUGCGGCCUGAGCUCGUCCACACCAGACACUGGUGAAAAGCAGGGAGCGGCUCAGAACGCGCACACACACACACACACACACACGUGGCUGAUCCUCUCAGUGUGGGCCUUUUUAUUGUUUGACAUACUAAUAAUGAGUAAGAUUUGGAAGAGGACCAGACGGUAUAGUAUGUACAGUAUCUUUUGUAAAAGGUCACACUGUUUUAGAAAAGUAUUUUAUGAGCUACUGUAUAUUUCAUGUUUGACCCCAAAACUGCCAAGAAACUAACGCAAAUCAAAUCACAACACACUCCCAGAGGAGAGUUCUGUAAUAUUACAGGCUGUAUAUUAGGCCUCAUCUGUGUAAAGCAGACACAUGGAACAGCUUUAUAAAGGCCUAGAUGAAAGUUUCAGCCUCUGCUAGAGACAUGUUUGUAGAAUGAAUUGCUUAUCAGAUCAGACUCGUAUUUCCAAAUGCAAAUAUGGGCUCAUGUCGACCAAAAGAGAUGAGCAUUCAUAAUGUUACGUGAUAAAAACACCAAGCCUGGACCGAUAACAUCUACAGUACAUCUAACUGAACUCGGAAUACAGUGAUCUGCUUUCGUUUUCAAGAACCGUAUGAGAUUUCUACGGUAUUUACACUUUAAGCGUGUUGUACUUUAUUUUUAUGUGAACACGCUUUCAUAGUGAAUUAUACAGGUGUUCCAUGGGAAUGUGUGUAAUCCCUGAGAUUUGUGUGACCUUUUUAAACACUCUGCGUUAUCUGAAGUAGAUGACUGGGACUGCACGUGAGUCGUGUAUGUAUGUAAAGAUGAAUAUGUGGUGAAACAGUUAA